AUGACUCACCACGAACAGUCGAAGCGCGUGACCGAGGUGGACGGCGUAAGAUUCCUUCGUGGUCAUGAAGGCGAAGCAUGCACUACCGAUGGUCAUCUGUCUACCUUCACCGACAAAAUCUUUGGAGUCCAUUUGGAGGGAGACGUGGAAGACGUGGGCGACCACGCCCGAGGGACCGUCGAGCGAGGAGUUUGGCGCCGCGCGAGUCAGCGAGGCGAGCCACUGUGCCAGAGCCGUCGCUGUCUUGGCUUGGCGAGUCACUCGGACCGCAAGAGUCCGCAAGGAUCGCAGCAAGAGCCAUGA